AUGCAAACUUAUAGGAAUCCAUGGUUCCUUAUAAUGAAAAAGAACAAAACCCCAAGAAUGUUGAUUGACUUGAGAGAAUUGAAUAAGAAUGUGGAACUUGAAGGAGCUCACCCAUUGAGUGUUGAAGAUUUGACAUCAGAAUUUGCUGGUAAUGCGUUUAACAAUUUGAUCGAUGUGAAGAAUGCUUACUUUCAAAUCCCUUUGCAUUCUGAAACGAGUGAUGCCACAAGUUUUAUGACUCAACUUGGAUUGUUGAAGUAUUCAAUGUUGCCACAAGGGUUCAUAAACAGUAUAAAUCCUAUGAAGUUGCAUUUGGCUGCCUCUACUGGCGUGUUUUUGGGAUAUAAGGUCACACCUGAAGGGAAGACUUUAGAUGAUGAUCAUAUGACGAAAUUAGGAGAUUAUCCAUUGCCAAUGGAUAAGAAACAAUUAUUGAGAUGGUUAGGAUUGAUAAAUUAUUAUAGACUGUUAAUAGCUGCUUUUCUGGAAUUAACUGCUCCGUUACACUUCACGAAAAUUUGGAAUCAUCACACAUAUGGGAAAUUUCAACUUCAUGACGCUACCAUUUGGCGCAGUCAAUAUGCACCUUUUGUUUUUUCACAAUUCCUUGUUGAUAUAUUACCACGAGAUGGAGGGGUAUUCUCCUACAUGGAUGAUAUUUUAUUUUAUCAUGAAAACUUACAAGACCAUAUUGAGAAGGUAAAGCAGGUUUGUAGCAUUUUAAAUCAUCACGGUCUCCAGAUUAAUAUAAAGAAGACAAAGUUAUUGAAACAACAGGCUGAUUUUUUAGGGUAUACAAUAUCGGAAAGUCAAAUUACUCCUACCAAAGACAAAGUUCAAGCGAUUCAUAAUUGGAAUGUUCCUACCACAUCAACCGAGGUAAGAUCAAUCGUCAACUUCACAAAUUUUUUUAGGCAGUUUAUACCCAACUUGUCAGAAUAUACGGCACCAUUGACAGACUUAAUCAAAGAUAAGGCAGCAAAGCAUACUAAGAUUGAACACACUGAAGCUUCUCGUAAAGCAUUUGAAUCAUUGAAACAACAUCUUAUUAGAUUACCCAAGAUUUUCAUAUAUGACCCAGAUAAGACAACUUAUAUCUUCACUGACAGUUCAGAUCGUGCUAUUGGAGGUUUUAUUUGCCAAAGUCACCAUAUUGAUGGAAUUGACACCACGGCUUCGAGUAGCAGAUUUUUAGAUGUACUUGGUGCAUACUCUCCAGAAAUCAGAUAUCUUCCAGGAAAGAAGAAUUAUAUUCUCUCAAGGUACCAAACCACAAACACCGCGGAUCAGAGUGAGAAGCUGAAACCACCAAACCAAUGUGCGCUCUAUUACUUGAAGAUUUAA